AUGGUGCCUCCGCUGCCGGACAUUUUUCAGAUUGGCAUGGUUGUACUUCUCAAGCCCCUGCUGGAUAACGGCCCGUCUCCAGUAGCCUCUGAGAUUCUGAGGCCGGAUACUGUCCCAGAGGGUCGUGAUGUUGAUCAAAUAAGUCGAAAACAGCGUCUGGAUCACGAGUACUGGUUUAUAAGGAAGUUGGCAGAAGUUGCGCCGGCCAGUGGUUUCGUUGAAAUAUCCCGAGAGGCUCUUCAGGAAGCUUGUAUUCCACGCACAUCUCGCGGAACGCAUGUAAAGCGUUGGCUCAGCCGUCUGACGUCGCUGAUCACACCCAAGGCUCUUGCUCCGGUGUCGAAGGAGCAGCUCUGCUACGGACACGUGCUCAUUGCUUUUCGUUUAAAGGAGGAUGACAGAAUUUGCUUGAGAAUGCUGAAGGCAAGUGACUGUCCUUUUAGCUGA